AUGGAUGGCGCGUUCGAUGACGACGCCGCGCGCGAGAGAGAGAGAGAAACGCGCGCGGGGGCGCCCGCGGUGCGUUUUGACGUCGAGACGCGCGGGAUGGGGACGACGCGCGCGUGUGGGAGCGCGGGUGGAAGACGCAUGAGCGCGCCGGGGAGCCGGGCGAGCGGACGCAAGCGCCGGCGGAGCGAACUCGGACCGCUCGGGACGAUGGGUGAUCUGAAGACGACGCCGAUGCAGACGCCGGUGACGCGAUCGAUGGGACUGGAUGGGUGCGAUGGGUUUAAUAUCAUCGCGAAGCGGACGUCGACGAGCGGAGGCGCGGCGCGCGCGACGGGUGGACGAGGGACGGAGAGCGCGGAGAUUUCGGCGAGGCGACGGACGAGGCGACGUUCGGUGUCGAUUCGAGAGGUGUGCGUGAAGUUUGACGCGAGGGACGAUGAUGGUGGAGGAGGUGAUGAGACUCCGAGGACCGGGCUCGCGAUCGCGGAUACGCCAGGGAGCGAUUGGGGCGGGAUGUCGCCGGGCGAGCUCGGCGGAUCGCAAUACGUCGUCUCCCCGGCGCGUUCACAGAGCAGGAGCGAUCUCGAAUACGAUGAUAACGAAGAAAAAGAGCGCGAACGUCUCCAAGUGCUGAGCGACGCGACGAGGCGCGCCGACGAUGCGGAAGCGAAGAAGAAGCGCAAGCUCUAUCCCAUCUUUUGUCCGGGACGAAAGACGGUGCAUCUCGUGCGUCAUGGCCAGAGCACGUGGAACGCCGCGAACGCGGGACCGGGCUCGUGGAACGAGCCGCAGAUGUUCGAUGCCAUGUUAACAGAGCUAGGAAAGAAGCAAGCCAAGGCGUUGGGUCCGGAACUUUCGAAAAUACCGCGAGACGCGCUCUGGGUGAGUUCGCCGCUCACGCGAGCGCUGGAGACGUGUCUCAUCGGUCGUAGGGCGGGGUUGGAACACAAAGCCUCGCGUUUACGGAAAGUUGCCAAGGAUGGGGAAUCGCCCGAUGAAAACGCAGACGACAUCAACACGCCGUCGGGGACGUCCGCGAAGGAUUUCGAUCCAGAGAAGGAGUUCAACGACUGGACCAAGCAAGUCGUGGUGCGUCACGAGUUGACAGAGAAACUCAACUGCACGGGCGACAUCGGUCGCCCAACGCACUGCCUGUCGGAGGAUUUCCCACAACUUAGUUUAGCACUAUCUAGAAUCCCCAACGACCGGUGGUGGUGGGACUGCGAUCGGAAACCGAACGACGCCCAGGCGCGACAGUUCAACUCGCACGAGCCGGCCAAGCACUUCAAGCAG